AUGCCUUAUACCAAUUUCCUCGCAGACAAAUCGGGGAGGAAGUUUGCGCCCAAGGCACCUCCUCGUCGUGCUCCUCCAGCAGCUGCAAACUCUACGAGAGCCAGCGUUAGCGAUGGCAGGCCUUCUGCUACACCGGUGCCUGAGACACAGAAAGCGCAAGCCCCACCAGUUGUUGCCUCCAGCCCAGAUACGCCUCAACCAGUGCAAGUGACCGAAGAGCCGCGGAUAGAAGAUGCGAUCGUUAGUAGCACGUCUGCGACUCCUAUCUCUCGACCGGUCGCGUCAGUCACUCCGAUCACAGAAACCACGCGGCCUACAUCCCAUGAAGGAUCCGUCGUUCCCGAGGGGCCUGUACCUGUUUCAGCACCAACACAGUCGAGACGUGAAAGAGCGAGCAAUGCACCUCAAACUCAAGUACCUGGAGUCGAAGCCAUCACAGCAUCAAACACAACUAUACCUACAGUGGAGGCUUCCAUACAAGCGCUUGCACAAGUGGCUGCGGCUGAGAGUAACCCUACACCAAUCGCACAACCUACAUCCCGUAUCGCGGCUCCUCGCGAACGAAUGAAUCGGACUGAAAAUAUCUUUGAUGUAAACACUGCAACUGCGACAAGCGGAGAAUCUACACCCCAGAAAAUAACUACUCCAAAGCCACGCGCAUCUCAAAGUAAGAGACGUAAAAGUACAACAUCGGAAAAUACCCCAGGCACGGAAAGCGCGAACCCUCGCAAGCCCCGAGGUAAACGGAAGCGAGAGCCCACACCAGAAGAAUCCGAGAAUGUGGAAAUUGCACCAACAGUCGUGAAGAUGUCUGAGUUAUGCAAAGACCUCAGAACCGGCAAAAAGUCGAGACGAGAAAUAGAAUUGCGAAACCUUGAACAACAAGAGACUGAACGAAAGGAGAAAGCUAGAGAAAAGGCUCGCAAUGCUGGUACGCCUGUUAAGCCGGACGCAGAGAAUGGGUCAUCUGCACCUACCGUCAACACAACUCCAACCAAAACCAACCUUCCACGGAUGAGAAUCGUGAAUGGUGAAAUUGUCGUCGAUAAAGACUCGCUAGAGAUUGUUCAGCAUGCCGAUGCAGCGCGCGAACUCGGUGAGGGAGAAGACGUGGUUGAAAGUCGGCUCAACAGAAAGAUCAACCAGGCUACAUAUGGCAAACGUACCAAAGCAGUGUCUUGGGAUGAGGAGUUGACCGAUUUAUUCUAUAGAGGUCUCAGAAUGUUUGGCACCGAUUUCGAGUCCAUAAGCAAGAUGUUUCCAGGGCGGAAUCGACGUCAGAUCAAAUUGAAGUUCAACAACGAGGAGCGUAAGGACCCUGAGCGAAUUAAACGGACACUCCUGGGGCCUUCUGAAUUGUUCGAUAUUCAGACAUACUCGGAAUUGACCAAUACAGUCUACGAAGAUCCCGAAGUCAUACAACGGGAACUCGACGAAGACAAAAAGAGAAUUGAAGAACAGCACGAAAGAGAGAAACGAGCGCAGGAUGAGCUUAUGCACAAUCCAAGCGGCCUCGUGAAUGACAAGAAUGUCGUUCCCAGCAUUGAGACUACUUCCGUUAAGAAGAGACGCUCCAUUUCAAAGAGUAUCAGCGCAUGA